UCUGAACUAAACAAACCUUCCAUUUUUGCUUUUCAUAUUUUUGUAUUUUAUUCAUCUUUGUUUUUGCAGAAGGGCGAUUGCAUAGAACACUCGGUAGUACUACAAAGAGAAAGACAAAGAGAGAGAGAGAGAGAGAGAGAGAGAGAGAGAGACGAGAAGGAGACAGCAGAAAAAGAGAAUUCAAGAGGGGGGGUUUUCCCAGUUAGUUUCAAUCCCCACAGAAAGAGAAAACGAUGUCUGAGACCCUUUUCCACCCUGCAACAACAAUAACAGAUAAGAAGGGAGAAGGAAGUCAGAAUUGAGGUUGAAGAGAGAGAGAGAGAGAGAGAGAGAGAGAUGAUUAUGAUGAGGAUGAGGAUGUCAGUGAUAUGGCAAUAGCAACACCACCACUUCCAUCAUCAGCCGUAUCCAGCACAAGAAAUCACAAAUCCAAUCAGAUAAUUCAUUUGACGGAAAAUCCCAACUCAGCAAAUCCUAUGUCCCAAGACUACCAGCACCACCACCACCACCACCAAGGUAUUUUCAAUUUCCCAAAUGGGUUCGACCGACCACAAGAUCAAGAGCAGCACCACCACCACGUCGCGCAGCAGAUCCGGAGGGAUAAACUGAGGGUCCCGGGAUUCGAACCCCAACCCCCGCUCGUACCGAUGGAAGAGGACGUAUCCGCGGGUGGGAUCCCGGUGUACGAGGCGCCCGGGAAUAUGCUCUCGGAAAUGUUCAAUUUUCCUCCAACCGAGUUGUUGCAAAACCAGAUUCCGCAGAAUUACGAUCGGAACUCGCGGCAGCCGGCGGCGGUCGGGGGCAGUAGCGAGUGGUACGGAAGCAGACUAGGAAUGGGCAUGGGACCACCGAUGGGGGAUUCGGUUGAUCCUCGCCAUCUGAAUCCUCACCACCACCACCACAACCAUAUUUCUAGCAUUAAUGGGGAGUCAUCAUCGUCUGCAGCAGCAGCAGCAGCAGUCAUGCAGCUUUUUCUAAUGAACCCACAACAACAACAGCAGCAACAACCGAGAUCACCUCCUUCACCAUCUCAACCUCAUGAAACUUCUUCCUCCAGUACCCUUCACAUGUUGCUUCCUAACCCGUCAAUUCCGUCCAGUAAUUCUUCUCUACAACUGCAAGGGUUUCACAAUAGUCAAAUUAGUCCUGGUUCUGUGUCUCAAGCAGGAGGGGGGUUUGGUCAAUUCACUUGGGUUCCGGAUACUAGUGCUAGUACUGGCCAUGGAGGAGGAGGAACUAAUAUUCCUGGUGAAAUUGGGGGUGGUUUAGUGGAAGGACAAGGGUUGUCGUUAUCAUUGUCGUCGUCGUUGCAGCAAUUGGGGGCCGCGAAAGCCGAGGAAUUUAGGAUGGGAGAUGGCGGCGGCGGCACGAUGUUGUUUUUCAACCAGGGAGGUGGCGGCGCUGGCGCUGGUGCCAGUGCCGCUGCUAGUAAUUAUUCGUACAAGAAUUUCGUAGGUGGGAAUCAACAGAUUCAUGUUGGUUACGGGGCUUCACUAGGGGUAGUGAAUGUCUUGAGAAAUUCUAAGUAUGUCAAGGCAGCCCAAGAAUUGUUGGAGGAAUUCUGCAGUGUUGGGAGGGGUCAGUUUAAGAAGAACAAGCUGGGUAGACAAAAUUCCAUAUCUAACCCUAAUCCAAACAGCGGAGGCGGUGGUGGUGGUGGUGGUGGUUCAUCAACAUCAAAGGAUAUUCCGUCUUUAUCAGCCGCGGAUAGGAUUGAGCACCAGAGAAGAAAGGUCAAGCUACUAACCAUGAUUGAUGAGGUGGACAGAAGAUACAACCACUACUGCGAACAAAUGCAAAUGGUGGUAAACUCAUUCGACUUGGUAAUGGGUUUUGGAUCGGCUAUUCCCUACACGGCCUUAGCCCAAAAGGCGAUGUCAAGGCACUUCCGGUGUCUCAAGGAUGCGAUAGCGGCCCAAUUGAAGCACAGUUGCGAGUUGUUGGGAGACAAAGACGCGGGGACUUCUGGAGUGACGAAAGGAGAGACGCCAAGGCUAAAGCUGCUGGAGCAAAGCUUGAGGCAGCAAAGAGCGUUUCACCAGAUGGGGAUGAUCGAACAAGAGGCUUGGAGGCCCCAAAGAGGGUUGCCCGAACGUAGCGUCAACAUUUUGAGGGCUUGGCUUUUCGAGCAUUUCCUCCACCCGUACCCGAGCGACGCAGAUAAGCAUCUCUUGGCUCGACAGACUGGUCUUUCCAGAAACCAGGUAUCAAACUGGUUCAUUAAUGCCAGGGUCCGGUUGUGGAAACCCAUGGUGGAAGACAUGUAUCAACAAGAGAGUAAAGAAGAGGCCGAGGUCGAAGAACAAGAACACGAUCAUGAACAGGAUGACGACGAAGAUCAGGAGAGAGAAACCAGCACUGACACACUUUCACAAACCCCAAAAUCAGAAACCGAUCACACAGGCAACAAAAGAUCCGAAAUCAAUGCACCCGAUAGCGACCCCUCACGCCGCGUCGCAAUCACCAGACAACGCUUCUCGGAAAACCAAGCGGACCAGGCCACCGUGGCGCCACCCGCGUACCGUGAUCACGACACGUGUCCGGGCAUCGGGAUUGAGUACGGGACCACCAGUGCUGCAGCUGCUGCUGACACUACUGGAUCGACGCUCAUCAGGUUCGGGACCGCGAGCGGUGACGUGUCGCUCACACUGGGGCUGCGGCACGCCGGGAACGUGCCGGAGAAGAACCCUUUUUCCGUUAGAGGUUUUGGGGGCUUUUAGAUUACUACUACAAUAAUUAUGAUUACCCUGAUUAAGAAAGAAGAUCACAAUUAUUACUUCUAUGGUACUGCUUGAGGAAUACUCUCAAUAGAGUUUGGUUUGGUCCUUUCGUCUUAUCACUUUAUACUUUGUGAUCAUUUUCCACCGAGUAUUGAUUAAUACCAGAAAGUUUACAGCA